GCUCAGCCCCAGCGCCGUGCAUGCUGACCAAGCCCCUCGGACAGUCCCCGCAGACAUGGCGGAGAGCUGGCUGCGCCUGUCCGGAGCAGGGCCAGCCGAGGAGGCUGGGCCGGAGGGCGGCCUGGAGGAGCCGGACGCCCUCGAUGACAGCCUGACCAGCCUUCAGUGGCUGCAGGAAUUCUCCAUUCUCAACGCCAAGGCUCCCGCCCUGCCCUCCGGGGGUACCGACCCCCACGGCUACCACCAGGUGCCUGGCUCCGUGGCUCCCGGGUCGCCUCUGGCCGCUGACCCUGCCUGCCUCGGGCAGCCGCACACACCAGGCAAACCCACGUCUUCGUGCACGUCUCGUAGCUCGCCCCCUGGGCUGCAGGCCCCGCCCCCCGACGACGUGGACUAUGCCACCAACCCGCACGUGAAGCCGCCCUACUCUUACGCCACUCUCAUCUGCAUGGCCAUGCAAGCCAGCAAGGCCACCAAGAUCACCCUGUCGGCCAUCUACAAGUGGAUCACGGACAACUUCUGCUACUUCCGCCACGCUGAUCCCACCUGGCAGAAUUCCAUCCGCCACAACCUGUCCCUGAACAAGUGCUUCAUCAAAGUGCCUCGGGAGAAGGAUGAGCCAGGCAAGGGGGGCUUCUGGCGCAUCGACCCUCAGUACGCGGAGCGGCUGCUCAGCGGGGCCUUCAAGAAGCGGCGCUUGCCCCCGGUCCACAUCCACCCAGCCUUUGCCCGCCAGGCCUCGCAGGAGCCCAGUGCCGCCCCCUGGGGCGGGCCGCUGACCGUGAACACGGAGGCCCAGCAGCUGCUGCGGGAGUUUGAGGAGGCCACUGGGGAGGCUGGCUGGGGCACAGGAGAGGGCAGGCUGGGGCACAAGCGCAAGCAGCCGCUGCCCAAGCGGGUGGCCAAGGUCCUGCGGCCACCUAACACAUUGUUGCUGACCCAGGAGGAGCAGGGAGAGCUGGAACCCCUGAAAGGCAACUUUGACUGGGAGGCUAUCUUCGAGGCUGGCACGCUGGGUGGGGAGCUGAGCACACUGGAGGCCCUGGAGCUGAGCCCCCCGCUGAGCCCCAUGUCUCACGGAGAUGUGGACCUCACCGUCCACGGCCGCCACAUCGACUGCCCUGCUACCUGGGGACCUCCAGUGGAGCAGGCUGCAGACAGCCUGGACUUCGAUGAGACCUUCCUGGCCACAUCUUUCCUGCAGCACCCCUGGGACGAGAGUGGCGCUGGCUGCCUACCCCCAGAACCUCUCUUUGAGGCAGGGGACGCCACCCUGGCUGCUGACCUGCAGGACUGGGCCAGCGUGGGUGCCUUCUUGUAAGAGACCAGGCCCCACCCCACCUCUGGACAGUGCCCAAGUCAGGGCCCAGAACUGCCCCCUGAGAUAGGCCCGUGGACACCCCCCAGUACCCAGGCAGAGCCUGGGCCAGUGCCCCCAAGGCUGGCUUCACAAGGCAGCACUGCUGCCAACCUGGGACGUCCUCACAUUUGAGCCCAGAAGGCUGAGAACUGAGUGCCUAGGACCAGAAUCGCCGCCUCUUCAUCAUCAGCACCCUGUAUACACACAGUGUUUCAUUACUCCGUGUUCCCCACCCCCAGGAACCUGGUGAAAAGCGCCCUUCGUCGUGAGAAAUGAGGCCGGGAGGGGCCCAGCCAGGCUAGGGAGGAACUGAACAAGGGCCAACAGCAGAGCUCUGCUUUACCUCACCGCCUCCUUCUGCAGGUCUCUAUCUAGAGAAAGUGCCCAGGUACAACACAAAUGCUAAUUAGGUGACAGCAAAUUAACCCCCUGGGGGCUCCUCCCGGCAGAGCCUCCCAGGGGACCCUGGCAGCAGAGGCUAGGGAGGACCAAAGGUGGCUGGCUGGUGAUGGGCUGGGGGAAGGGAGCAGAGAGAGGGGAGGCAGAAACGAGGUGGGGGCACAAGUUGGGGCAAGAUGUUCUCUGUCCCUCUGGCCCCACAGUUAGAGGUAGGAGAAGCAGUAAAUUGUAGUCUUUGAGGCUGAGAGCAACUGGAAGUUGGGCCUUUGGGGUUUGGACCGACAGACUAAUGUAGUGAGAGUAGCUAUAGCUAAGACUAAACUGGGAGGGACACCCAGCUUGCUGGAAACCCUGGGACCAGGAAGAGGGAAGCCCUACACCCUUGCCUGCACUUAGGGGGUAUGGGCUUGCUCCACCUAGACCCCUGGAGUUGAGACCUGUAUCCAUCUUCCACAUGGGGCAAUUUAACCUUUUUCAUGGAAAGUUCUUUACAAUAAAAAAUUUUAA